AUGGUCUUUGGUCUAACGAAAAAACCACAAAAGGUCCCUGAUUUAUCGAGAUACGAUUACCAUUACAGGAAUAGUACUACCAAUUCAUCUAAUAACCAUGGUAGAAAUAACAACUAUAUGUCUCCAAGCGAAAGAGCGUCUCGCUAUAAUGCUAGCACUUUUCAUGAACAAAGAUCACAUUCAUUGAAUGACGUAUCACACUAUAUUAUCCCCCAAACUAAAAAAGCCCCUUCAAGAAGUACCAGUAACAAUAAUAGCAAUAAUAACAGUAGUAGCAUUAAUGGUAGACCGAUGCACAGUGCAACUAAUAAUAAUUCUCAAAAAACAUAUUCUUUACGUUCUCAAUCUAGUACAGGAAGUACAACUAAAACUUCAAAUAAUACUCGAAAACCUUCUUCAUUAACAUAUUCUCCAAUUAAUAACAAUUCUACUGUAAAAAUGAAAAGAUCUUCUUCUGAUGACAUGAAAUAUUAUAGACAAUCAAGAAAUUUAAAUUCUAAUGGCAAUAAUUCCCGUUCAAAUUCAAUAACGGUUCAUACUACAGAAGUUAAAGAUGAUCAAGGUAGAACAAAAUCAAUUACUAAAAAGACUAUCAAAAGAAUAAAUGGUGUAGAAUAUAUAGAAACAACUACCCAAACCAUUCCAAGAAAACCUAAACAGAAAAAAGCAACACGUGCAUCGUCCAGAAAUAGUACAUCUAGUAAUAAUCCAAUGCAUCAAUUUGAGGAAUUCAGUGAUGCUAUAAUAAUCGAUGAAGACUUACCAAAUAAUACUAAUAACAAUGUACAACCCCACUAUGAAUAUCACAACAAUAUGGGCAUAAAUCAACCAAUAUAUGAAUACGAAGAAGAUGAUAUACAAGAUGGAAAUGUGAUAUAUGAAGAUGCUGAUCCAAAUGUUAUUUACGAAGAAGUAGAGUAUGAAGAUCCCAUUAUUCAACCAAGACGACAGCAACCAUUACAAUCUUCGCGACUUCAAUCAACUAAUUCACAACGCUCACGUCAACCCCGUAUACGCAAACCACAACCUUUACAACAACAAACAUAUCUUGUACAAGAUGAAAACGGAGAUAUCUACGAAUACAUUGAGGAUUACGAUUAUAAUUAUGAAAGUGUCAAAUAUCCACAACAACAGUUACAUAACAAUUCAUUGCAAAAUUCACAAAACAAUUACGCAAUUCAUAGGGAUAGAACUUCAAUGAAUGAAAUCAACAAUUAUCAUCAAAAGAUUAACGCUAGUACUCCUUCAAGAAGAAUCAGUUCCAAUCAAUCUCGAGCAACUCAAACAUUUGUACCGCCAUCUCCUACCCACUCUAACACUCCAUCUUCAAUCCAUUCCUAUACUAAUUCUAGAAAAUACCCAUAUACACGAUCACAUAACCAAUAUUCUACAGAGAUUCAGUCUUCAUCUCAUCCAUCUACAUCUAAAUCUAAAUCACAAUCUUUUUCAACUUCUGGUUCAAAACCUUCAUUACAACCACUUCGUAAUCAAUCUGCUAUUCAUAAUAUUGCAGAACAUCAAAAUUUAAAGACUACUAAAAGUUCUUCUCGCUUGCCCCAAUCUCAAGAGGAUACUUCCAUUGAUGAGGGAUACAAUAGUCAACAAUUGUAUAAUAAUUUGCCAAAAAAAAAGAUUACUUCCAUGCGCGUAAAGGAAACGAAAACAAGUAUUCCAAGUUCUAACUCUACUUUGAGAACUGGUAAACAAUUGAAGAGCAAAGCAAGACAUAAUGAUAGUAGAACUAGUUCCUUUACCAAUAACGAAUUACAACUAAGUAAUAAUAAGGAAAAUCGUAAGGCAGCACCAUCCAAAAAAAAUAUUAAGACUACAAUGACUUCAACUACCAGUCAAAGAUUGAAAUCAACAUCUACUGUUCCUAAUAAUAUUUCUAAUUCACAGCAACCUGGGAAACCUAAGAUUGUUGUAUCGAAAACAACAAACCAAAUAAAUGCCCAAAAGAAAACUACAAUCAAACCUAGUAAUUCUUCUUUAAAUAACAAUGGUUUACAAAAUCAACCUUAUAUAGUUGAUUUAUCUCAGGACGAAGAUGAUGAUAACAACAUUAAUAAUAGUGGUAACUGGUAUAUCAGUGAAAACUCUAAUAAUAAUAACACAAUAAAUUCGACUAAAAAGAAGAAAACCAAGAAGGAAAAAAAAGUUUUAUCUCAAGAAGAAAUGUAUGCCAAGGCAUUAGAAAUUGCUACCAAAAAAGUAUAUAAUAAUGACGAAUUUGAUGAUUUCAAUUUAAGAUCGUCAACUUCGUCUAAUCGUAGUGCUGUGCAUAAUAACACUAUUCAAAGUAUUGAUGGGGUUAUGAUUGGCGGUAAUGCUACGAUUAAUAGCAGCAUUAAUAGUCGUAGUAGUGCUUAUAAUAUGGCACCAAGAAUAUCUCAAAAGCAUGAACGAAUUGCCCCUCCUAACGAAAAUACUGACGCAAGUGGUCCUCGAACUCAGUUUAACACUGUUUCAACAGACAAUUUUAAUGAACGUAAUAAAAAUGAUAAGAUAAAUGAAAACACAUCUAAAUCUUCACAAAAUACGAAACCAGUUAAUUCUACAAGAAGAAAUGUUGAUCAGCUAAAAGCUCCUAAAAGUACAGUUCAUUCUAUUAAAAAGAGUAAAAAUAAAAAACCUUUAUCUGAUGAAGAAAUGUAUCAAAAAGCAUUCGAAAUAGCACAACAAAGGUUUGAUACGACAGUUGAAUUAGAAAUGAAUCAUAACCGUAUGUUGAAUGGGAACUAUAAUAAUAAUAAUAAUAGUAAUUCCAAUGAUACCAAUCACAAAAUAAGCCGUGAAUAUAGCAAUACUAUAGAUGGUAAUCAUGCUAGUACUGCUAAUAACGAGACUACAACUCCUAACGAAAGACACCUACUAGAAAGACCAAUGCCACAAUUCAGUAAUAAUAUGAAUGAUAGCAAUACCCCUGGAGAUGAGUCAAGGAUCGCAUCUUCAUCUAUAGAGACAAACAAUAGCACAUUCACAAGUAACUCCAAUUGUAUGAGUGAUAAUGUGACCAAUAUGAACACACCUACAAUGAGUAAUAAUUAUACAUAUGAUAAUAAUAAUAAUAACAAUUUAAAUCCAAAUUUUCAAGUGAAUGGAAAUAUAAUGGGUCAUUCUGGACAAAGCUCUAGCCUCAACAACAAUAGUAACAUUCAAAUGCACUAUGUUGGUAACUCUCCAAGACCAAGACCACAGACUCAACAGGGACCUGGGCCUCAAGCUCCACCUCAAGGAAGAGGAGGAGGAGAAAGGACAAGAAGAAAUGCUGAAGCUCAAGGGAAGAAAAAGAAAAAGAAGGGAUUUUUCUCUAAAAUUUUUGGAAUCUGA